CCUGCUAUUGCUCAUUCCUUUCCUCCAAGUCCCAGAGGCACCAACUGAUGGAGAGACUAAGGAGAGAGUCAGGAUAAGGACAAGCAUUUUUUCAACAUCAGAGAGAAGGAGAAAUAACUGCUGAUUCAUCAGAAACAUUUUAGAAGGGCCCCUGAGAGGAUUACUUUCCCCACUGAGCUUUACAUCCCAGUUGUUCAGUGUGAUAUAAUAAUUGCUGUUUACAUUUCAAAUCUGUUAGCUACACUGAACUUAGUCUCCGUGGUUCAGUAGAACUGUAGGGCAUUAAGUACAGAAGGGGAAACUUGGGAACUUUGAGUAUGACAAGGGGGCUAAGAUUCCUGUGUUGGCCCCUGUGGCCUCUGGCCCUCCUCAGCCUACUCAGUACAGUGACGAUGCUGGAAUUUGGUGGGGCGCCUGGUCAAUGGGCACGCUAUGGACGCUGGGAAGCCGGAUCAGUGGGCGAGCUGAGCUUCAGCCUCAAGACCAACAUUAGCAAAGCCUUGGUACUCUACCUGGACGAUGGCGGCAACUGUGACUUCUUGGAGCUGCUGAUUGCUGGCGGGCGCCUCCAGCUGCGCUUUGCCAUCCACUGCGCCGAGCCGGCCACUUUGCACAUGGAGACAGGAGUGAAUGAUGACCGCUGGCACAUGGUCUUGCUCACCCGCAACUUUCGCGAGACCCUCCUGAUGGUCGACGGUGAAACAAAAGUGGCUGAGGUCAAGUCCAAGAGGAAGGAGAUGGCGGUGGUCAGUGACCUGUUUGUAGGCGGCAUCCCUCCCGAUGUGCGCCUCUCUGCGUUGACGUCCAGUACAGUAAAGUACGAGCCACCCUUCCAGGGCUUGAUCUCCAAUCUGAAGGUCGGGGAGAUGCCUCCUACUUUGUUAAAUAGCCAGGGCAUUCAGAGCGACCUGGAGUACCUCUGCACCAAACAGAACCCGUGCUUCAAUGGAGGGUUUUGCUCUAUUCAGUAUGGAGAAGUUCACUGUGACUGCACCCACACCCGCUUCAAGGGGAAGUACUGCAAGGAAGCUGAAGAGUAUGCUGUUGAAGGUCUGGCGCACCUGACGUUAAACGACCAAGGUGACUCAUCUCAAGCCGGUAAGGAAGAGUCGGUGGCCACCUUCAAGGGCAACGAGUUCUUCUGCUACGACCUGUCGAUGACGCCCAUCCAGAGCAGCACCGACGAGAUCACGCUGUCCUUCCGCACGCUGCAACGCAACGGCCUCAUGCUGCACACCGGGAAGUCGGCCGACUACGUGAACCUCUCCUUGAAGAGCGGAGCCGUGUGGCUGGUCAUCAACCUGGGCUCGGGGGCCUUUGAGGCCCUGGUGGAGCCCGUCAACGGCAAGUUCAACGACAAUGCCUGGCAUGACGUGCGCGUCACCCGCAACCUGCGCCAGCACGCAGGCAUUGGACACGCUAUGGUGACCAUCUCAGUGGAUGGUAUAUUGACCACCACUGGUUACACCCAGGAGGAUUACACCAUGUUGGGCUCUGACGACUUCUUCUACAUCGGAGGGAGCCCCAACACCGCUGACCUGCCUGGAUCGCCAGUCAGCAACAACUUCAUGGGCUGUCUUAAAGAUGUGGUGUACAAAAACAACGAUUUUAAGCUGGAGCUUUCACGGCUAGCCAUCGAGCGCGACCCUAAGAUCACCCUGAACGGUGACCUGGUGUUCCGCUGCGAGGACGUGGCAGCCCUAGACCCCGUCACCUUCGAGACCCCCGAGUCCUUCAUCUCCUUGCCCAAGUGGAACACCAAGAAGACGGGCUCCAUCUCCUUUGACUUCCGCACGACGGAGCCCAGCGGCCUCCUGCUCUUCAGCCACGGCCGUCCUCCGAGUCCCAAGGAGCAGAAGCCCGGUCGGGAGCUGAAGACAGAUUACUUUGCCAUGGAGCUGCUGGACGGGUAUAUGUACCUGCUGAUCGAUAUGGGCUCCGGAAAAACAAAGCUGAAGGCCAGCAACAAGAAGGUCAAUGAUGGUGAAUGGUGCCAUGUGGAUUUCCAGAGGGAAGGAAGGAAAGGAUCUAUCUCAGUAAACAGCCGCAGCAUGCCCUUCAGCUCCCCAGAGGGCAGUGAAAUCCUGGACCUGGACAGUGAUAUGUUCCUGGGCGGGCUGCCGGAGUCUAAGUCAGACCUCAUCCUGCCGCCAGAGGUUUGGACAGCGCUGCUGAACUACGGCUACGUGGGCUGCGUCCGCGAUCUCUUUAUCGACGGCAAGAGCCGCGACGUCCGCCGCCUGGCUGAGAUCCAGAGUGCGCUGGGUGUGAGCAGUUUCUGCACGCGGGAGCUUCAGAAGCGCUGCAGCAGUACUCCGUGUGGCAAUGGAGGUCUGUGCAAAGAGGGCUGGAACCGCUACAUAUGUGAUUGUACCAGCACCGGAUACCUGGGCACCAACUGUGAGAUAGAGGCGACGGUGCUGAGUUACGAUGGCAGUAUGUACCUGAAGAUCAUCAUGCCGGUCACCAUGCACACGGAGGCCGAGGAUGUGGUGCUGCGCUUCAUGUCUCAGCGGGCCUACGGCCUGCUUAUGGCCUCCACCUCCAAGGAGUCGGCAGACACCCUGCGCCUGGAGCUGGACGGAGGCCGAGUCAAGCUCACCGUGAACCUCGAUUGUAUCAGGAUAGACUGUAGCCUCAGCAAAGGACCGGAGAUACUGUUUGCGGGGCAGAAGCUGAACGACAACGAGUGGCACGCGGUGAAGGUGGUGCGAAGAGGCAAGAUCCUGCAGCUGUCUGUGGAUAAUGUCACAGUGGAAGGCCAGAUGACUGGUGCCCACACACGUCUCGAGUUCCACAACCUCGAGACGGGCAUCAUGACUGAGCGUCGCUUCAUAUCUGUGGUGCCCUCAAACUUCAUUGGCCAUCUCCAGGGCCUGACCUUCAAUGGGCUGCCAUAUCUAGACCAGUGUAAAAACGGCGACAUCUCCUACUGCGAGCUGAACGCCCGCUUCGGCAUGCGCCACAUCAUUGCAGAUCCGGUGACGUUUCGAACGAAAGGCAGCUACUUAGCGUUAGCAACGUUACAAGCUUACGCCUCCAUGCACCUCUUCUUUCAGUUCAAAACCACCACGCCCGACGGCCUGAUGCUUUUCAACUCUGGAGACGGGAGCGACUUCAUCGUUGUGGAGCUGGUGAAAGGGUAUGUCCACUACGUCUUUGACCUUGGCAACGGGCCGUCGCUGAUGAAGGGCAACUCAGACAAGCCGCUCAAUGACAACCAGUGGCACAACGUGGUGGUCUCCCGGGACGCCAACAACGUGCAUACGCUAAAGAUCGACUCACGCACCGUUACUCAGCACUCCAAUGGAGCCCGGAACCUGGACCUCAAAGGGGAGCUGUACAUCGGUGGCGUGACAAAGAACAUGUACAGCAAUCUGCCCAAGCUCAUUGCGUCCCGGGAUGGGUACCAAGGUUGUCUGGCCUCCGUGGACCUGAAUGGGAGACUCCCCGACCUGAUCGCAGAUGCCCUCCACAGGGUGGGUCAGGUGGAACGAGGCUGCGAUGGACCCAGUACCACCUGUACGGAGGAGUCUUGCUACCAUCAGGGGGUGUGUCUCCAGCAGUGGGAGGGCUUCACCUGCGACUGCACGAUGACGUCCUAUGGUGGCUCAUUCUGCAAUGACCCUGGGACAACUUACAUCUUCGGGCGAGGCGGAGCCCUCAUCACAUAUACCUGGCCACCCAAUGACCGGCCGAGCACACGGGCAGACCGGCUGGCAGUGGGCUUCAGCACGCAGCUGAAGGAAGCCAUUCUGGUCAGGGUAGAGAGUGCCAAGGGACUGGGAGAUUACCUGGAGCUGCACAUAGAACGGGGAAAGAUCGGCGUGAUCUUCAACGUGGGAACGGACGACAUAAUCAUCGAGGAGAGCGCGGUGAUGGUGAGCGACGGCAAAUACCAUGUGGUGCGUUUCACACGCAGUGGUGGCAAUGCCACACUACAGGUGGACAGCCAGCCCGUCAUCGAACGUUUCCCCUCAGGGAACUUUGAUAAUGAGCGCCUGGCUAUUGCUAGACAAAGAAUCCCAUACCGACUCGGUCGGGUAGUUGAUGAGUGGCUACUCGACAAAGGUCGCCAGUUGACCAUCUUCAACAGCCAGGCGUUCAUCAAAAUUGGUGGCGGUGGAGAGACGGGGCGCCACUUCCAGGGCCAGAUCUCAGGUCUGUACUACAAUGGCCUGCAGGUGCUCAAACUGGCAGCAGAGAGCGACCCCAAUGUCCAGACCCAGGGUAACCUGCGGCUGGUGGGUGACGUGCCCUCAGUGCUCACCACUGACACCACCUCCACCACCCCACUGGCUGACAUGUCCACUACAAUCAUGGAAACAACCACAACCAUGGCUACAACCACAACCCGCAAACAGCGCUCGCCCACCAUGAGGGACAGUGUGACACAGAAUGCGGAUGACAUUUUGGUAGCAUCAGCUGAGUGUCCUAGCGAUGACGAAGAUUUGGAGGAGUGUGAGCCUGGAAAUGGAGGUGAAUUAGUGUUGCCAAUAAUAACGGUGGACUCCCUAGACCCCCCAUCCAUCGCCACCCACUACCCAGUAAUCCCCCCGCCCCCAACCACCUACCGCCCUUUCCUCACCCUGCUCGAAACCACCAAAGAGUCCCUCCCCUUGCCCAACGGCCGGCCCCCAUGCCCCCUGGACCAGGAGGACUGCGAGGAGACCAUCGAAGUGUCGGCAUACGGCUCGGGGGAGAUGACGGAGUCUGAUGACGAGGACUAUUACAAAAACUCGCCCCUGGUCACCGACAGGACUGUGCUCCCUCCUCCCCCGGCCGCCGAGGGUGGCGUCCAGAACCCCCGCGACCGCCAUUUCUCCCGCUCUCCCAACUCACACCGCCCACCUCUCUCCUCUACCCCCACGGCCAACCCCGACCAACUCAGCCCGCGCAUCAAGCCGGCUGCUGGCGGCAGCAGUAGUAGCAACAACAUCCCUGCUGGGAAAAUGAACACCCGGGACCAAGUGCUGCUGCCGCCAGCCCACCCCUCUUCAGACCCGGGCCACCGUAGAGUCCCUGGAAUAACCUACCCCCCAAAUUUCCCUCAUGUUCCCACUCCAGAUCCCACGUCUCCUGAGAGAGGGCUCCCAGGCGCUGUGGAGGUGCAGCAGUCCAGCAGCACCACAGGAAUGGUGGUAGGCAUCGUGGCAGCCGCUGCACUCUGUAUCCUCAUCCUGCUCUACGCCAUGUACAAGUACCGCAACCGCGACGAGGGCUCCUACCAGGUGGACCAGAGCCGCAACUACAUCAGUAACUCAGCCACGCAGAGCAACGGCGCCCUGGUGAAGGAGAAACAGCCCAGCACUGCCAAGACGGUCACCAAGAACAAGAAAAACAAAGACAAAGAGUACUACGUCUGAGGGAGCGCCACCCUGACACACAGAGACAGACAGCAGACGCACUUAGAGAAGGAAAGAGACAACAGAGAGAAAGAGAGAGAGAAGGAGGGAGACAGGCGGUAUAAAGGAAAGAGAGAACAUAACAGAGGGUAAUUCAUUAUAAACUCAGUAUUGUCAGGUGACCCUUCAUGGUUCCAAUUCCAGUCUAUUCAGAGGGAGCAAAAAAAGCCAAGGUGACAUCGUGGUUGUGUUCAGUACUUUCUGAUUCUCUAGACUUCUUAUGAACUGUUGACCGUGGUAUGUUUUAGGGAAGGCUGUCGCACCUCAGAUCUCAAUACUGUGCCAACACCCUUGUACCAAAUGCUGAUAAAACAGUGAUUUAUGGAUAAGUAUAUGACAGGUUAUUUAAUAUCUUGAGUACUGUAGGAAAGCACCACCAUCAGUAUUUGGGUCUGUACUUCAUUCUGAGGUGAGCUUGUGGUGAAAGCCGUCACCUGAGACAGUAUCAACUUAAUAUUUUCCAACUAGGCUUGAGUUAGCAACAUGAAAUCCCUCUGUAAAAUCAAAAUACUGCCAAAUCCAGCUCCCACCACCAGAUGUCUCUCUCUCUUCCUCUCAUUUGCCUGUGCACUCUGUUUCUCUCCUUGUCUACGGCGUUAAUGCAGCUGAUGCAACGUAAACUCUGCCGUGUUUCAAGCAUGUAGUAUUCAUUUACGAAAAAGAGAUAAAAACUGUUUUUCUUUCUGUGGAGUUUAAAAAAACAAAAAAUAUGACAAUGAUUGAUGAUCAUAACAAUGUUAAACGUAGCAACUAUGUGAGAUACCACCGCUCCAACCUAACGGAUGCUAACUUGUACGUUUAGCCGCCAAAAACUUGUUGAGGCCAAAACCCCUUGGUCGUCCUUUCCAGCAGAUCUGUGUCAUAUGUUUCUGGGGCUCCGAGGUGCCCCCUAGUGGGCCAGCAGAGAAACUGUCACGUCCUUGCAGUUACUAAUCACCGGAAAACAGAAAAAACCUCCAGCAAACAAGAUGAACUAUGUUCUAUAAAAUUAUAAAUAUAUGUAUAGACGUUGCAGAAACCUAUGGACCUAAAUUGUGAGCGAGUGGAAAGGUGCGAGUUUGCUGAUAUUGCGCAGCGAAGAUGGACUUUAGGAUUUUUGACGUCAGAACAGUCUCACUACCCAAGUCCUCUGCCUCCCCCCGACCUCACCCUUUCAUGAACAGGAACAGGAACAGGAUGACUGAUGCAAUGCCUUGCUGCAAGACUCAGUCACUUUGGUUUGCACUGUUCUUUUUUUAUUUGGUUCUUUUCUCUGGAGAAAUGGAAGACAUUUUAGGGAAAUUCUGAGUUGAUUCUUGCUGGAGUUCCACUGUGGAGAGAGAAACCUUGCAGCUGAAAAAGCAACUGUCUUUUGCCCCUCUCUGGCCUGACUGGACUGAUGGCAGCCAAAAGGCAAAGCAAACUUUGUGGGAAGAGCACACAAAUGACAAGGGUGAACGGCAGUUCCCUGGAAGAUGUACAACAAGAACUCUAGUAUUCCAAUUUUCUCAACUCUAUUAAAAAAAGAAAACUGUACCAUGAAAUGAAAAGAAAAAUCCAGAAAAAAGUUUGUGAAAUGUCUAAAUAUUUGACUCUCAUUCCAUUACUAAGAGAAAUGUGUUUUCCCUCCUAUCAUUCCUGUUUGGAGAAAAAAAUGUCUAUGAUUCUGGGAAACCAAAAUGUCUAUGUACUUUUCUUUUGGUAAUUGAGCAAAUGAAACCACACGUUCUCCUUUAAAUUCAUCUGUCAUUCGCAAUCUAUUUUUUAUCCUCCAUCUUUGCCUUUUUCUCUGUAUGUCCUCAUUCCCUGUGGAGUAAGCAGGUUUAACCCAUCCUCCAUCGUUUGUUUAUUACCUUUUUCUGUCUAUAUGGCUGGAGACAAGAUGGCCACCAUUUCAUUUGACAGGCUCCAUCGAUUCACUGUCCUGCCACGUUUGUCUGGUUUCGCGCCUUCUCCAUUCCAACCGUACUCCUCCCAGUAUCUUCCUGUUCUUUCUAAAUGUUAUUGUAAAGUGUUCCAGUGAGAUGACUCUAAAUAUGUGUACAUUAACAGAGGGAAUACACUUGGUUAUAUACUUCUUA